AUGGCGGCCGAAAGAACCUUCGUGAAAACUCAGCACGAAGCCAAAGACGCGAGGGUCACAGAAACCAUCGUGGGCCCCGAGAUGUCGACCCCGGAUAGCGACGAGGAAACCGUGUCCACCGUGCCUGAUAACAUCUUCCUGGACCCAAAAGUGCUCGCGCAUUACCAGAAGGUAUACGAAGAUGCGAAAUACGAGUGUCGCCAUGUACUCGACCCAAAUCUCGUAUGGACGCGCGAGGAAGAGCGGAAACUGGUGCGCAAGCUCGACUGGCAUGUCUGUUUGUGGGCGUGUACCAUGUUCUUCGCGCUGCAAGUAGACAGAGGAAAUCUCACCCAGGCCGUGUCAGGCAAUAUGCUCGUCGACCUCAAGCUGACAACAAACGAUUAUGACACUGGCAAUACCAUAUUUCUGGUCUCAUUCCUGCUGGCUGAGCUGCCUUCCCAGCUCAUAUCCAAGAAGAUCGGCCCAGACCGAUGGAUUCCCACUCAAAUGACCCUGUGGUCCAUUGUUGCCAUCAGCCAGAUGGCGCUCAGUGGCAGGAAAUCGUUUUUUGCAACAAGGUCGCUACUGGGGAUCCUAGAGGGCGGUUUCAUUCCGGACAUUGUACUGUGGCUUUCGUACUUCUAUACUGGUCAUGAGCUGCCAAUUCGAUUGAGUUUUUUCUGGACGGCAUUGAGUGUCACUGGGAUCAUCACCUCAUUGCUAGCGUUCGCCAUUUUCCAUCUGGACGGGGUUCAUGGCAUAGCAGGUUGGAGGUACCUCUUUCUCAUUGAAGGGCUGGUCACUCUCUCAGUCGGCAUUGCGUCCUUCUUUCUUAUGCCAGCCUCAGCGGUGCAGACUAAGACCUGGUUCCGGCCAAAGGGCUGGUUUACUGAUCGUGAGUUGGGCAUCGUCGUCAAUCGCGUCCUACGAGAUGAUCCAAGCAAGGGUGAUAUGCAUAACCGCAUGGCCAUUACGCCAAAGCGUCUGUGGCGUUCGUUGACCGACUUCGACUUAUGGCCUAUUUAUGCCCUCGGCUUAAUCGCCUAUAUCCCUCAGGCACCAGUGUCAUAUUACAUGACUUUGUCGCUGCGACAUCUGGGAUUCAAUUCGUUCCAAACGAACCUUCUCACAAUACCCUCAACGGUGGGCUUCAUUAUUAUGCUAUUAACAUUAACGUGGUUCAGCGAGCGACUCCGCGAGCGCACGUUUGUGGCCAUCUUCCAGCCCAUCUGGACAUUGCCCUGCGUGAUUGCCUUGCGCUUCUGGCCCGGUUCGCUGAAGGAGCCCUGGGGCACGUAUGCGCUGAUGACGGUUCUUCUGAGCUAUCCUUACUGCCAUGCCAUCCUUGUGUGCGUUGCUGCCUUUCCCUUUCCUUUUGAUCGACUAUUAACAGCGAAUCUGCAGGGCAUGGACAUCGAAAAACUCGGCAUCCGUGCGAACGCGCUCGGUGUCGGCAGCUUGAUGGUCCAAGUCGGCGGCGUAAUAUCAGCCAACAUCUACCGCUCCGACGACGCGCCCUUGUAUCACCGUGGAAACACAGUCCUUAUCAUCAUUAACAUCCUUGUGAUCAUCCUUUUUGUCCUGACCAAACUCUACUAUGUGUCCAGGAAUAGGUGGAAGGCGAAGAAGUGGGCUGCAUUGACUGAGGAAGAAAGAAUCGACUACAUGGAGAAUACAACAGACCAGGGGAACAAGCGGCUGGACUUCAUAUUUGCCCACUAG